AUGGGCCGCACCUGGGCAGUACUGGUGUAUUCGGAGGCACCCCUUGGUCUCCCUUGGUGGGCUAGCCCGACCAAGUUGCCAAGCUUCUCCCCGGCUUCCAGCUCCGAUACGCAAAAUGGCUUCGACGCCGUCGCCCGCGACCCGGCCUCGUGGGCCGCGUCCCUCCCUGCAAGCCAGGGCCUGUACGUGAAUGAUCUCGAAAAGGACGCGUGCGGCGUCGGCUUUAUCUGCCACAUCAAGGGCACCCAGUCCCACAAAAUCGUCUCCGAUGCCCGCCAGCUCCUCUGCGCGAUGACCCACCGCGGCGCGACCGGCGCAGACUCCCGCGAUGGCGACGGCGCCGGUGUCAUGACUGGCAUCCCUCACCACUUCUUCAAGCGCGAGGCUGAGCGCGAGAUCGGCUGCGAGCUCCCCGCUGCGGGAGAAUACGCCGUUGGAAACCAACAGCAGGCCCUCUUCGCAAAGAUCGCCGCCGAUCUCAACCUCCGCGUCCUCGGCUGGCGCGAGGUCCCCACUGACGGCACCAUCCUCGGCCCCGCUGCCGCGAGCAAGGAGCCCGCCAUUUUCCAGCCUUUCGUCGUCCUGCACGCGAGCUACGGGGACGGCCGCACGGCCCGGGGCGGCCCGUUCGACCCGAAGCGUUUUGAGCGUCAGCUCUACAUCCUCCGCAAGCGCGCAACACAUUCCAUCUCGCUUUCCAAGGGCUUCUACAUCUGCUCGCUCUCCUCCAAGAAUAUCGUCUACAAGGGUCAGCUCUCGCCCUCGCAAGUGUACACGUACUACCACGACCUGAACCAUGUACUCUACCGCGCCCACUUCGCGCUUGUACACUCUCGUUUCUCCACCAACACCUUCCCCAGCUGGGACCGCGCUCAGCCCAUGAGGUGGGCCGCCCACAACGGCGAGAUCAAUACUCUACGUGGCAACAAGAAUUGGAUGCGUGCCCGCGAGGGCUUGCUCGCAUCUUCGCAGUUUGGCGAGCAUCUCGACGAGCUGUACCCCAUCAUUGAGGCUGGCGGGUCUGAUUCGGCCGCCUUCGACAACGUGCUCGAGUUGCUCGUUGUGAACGGUGUGUUGACGCUGCCUGAGGCGGUUAUGAUGCUCAUCCCCGAGGCGUGGCAGGGGAACGACAGCAUGGAGCCUGAGAAGAAAGCGUUCUACAACUGGGCGGCCUGUCUCUCUGAGCCGUGGGACGGCCCCGCCCUCUUCGCGUUCAGUGAUGGGCGGUACUGUGGCGCCAACCUUGACCGCAACGGUCUUCGUCCGUGCCGGUAUGUCGUUACCAACGAGGACAUCAUGGUGUGCGCCUCUGAGGUCGGUGCGGUGUACAUCGCCCCGGAGACGGUCAUCCAGAAGGGUCGCCUCAAGCCUGGGCGCAUGCUCUUGGUCGAUACGGAGGACGGCCGAAUCGUGGACGACAAAGAACUCAAGCGUACCACCGCGCGCAAGCAGGACUUCGCGUCGUGGGUGGAGUCGAACAUCCUCGAGGUGCCCACGAUCGUCAAGCGCGUGCAGAGAUCGACCUCCGUUGCGCCCUCCGUCGACGAAUUCACCCUCAGCAACGACCCGAAGCUCCUCGCGUUCGGCUUCACGCUCGAGCAGCUCCAUCUCCUCAUGCUUCCGAUGUUCGCCGACGGCAAGGAGCCUCUCGGCUCCAUGGGCAACGACGCCCCGCUGGCCGCCAUGUCGACGCAGCCCCGCCUCAUCUACGAUUACUUCCGCCAACUUUUCGCGCAGGUCACCAACCCGCCCAUCGAUCCCAUCCGCGAGUCUAUCGUCAUGUCGCUCGAGUGCUACGUCGGACCCGAAGGCAACAUGCUCGAGAUGAACCCGCAGCAGUGUCACCGCAUCCGCCUUCCUUCCCCCAUCCUUACCCUCGAGGAGAUGAACGCGAUGAAGACCUCAAGGAGGCAGUUCGGCCUGCCUGGGUACAAGCUUGCGCUCGAGCGCGUCUGCAGCGAGGCCGUGCAGGCCAUCGACGACGGUGUCAAGGUCAUCAUCCUCUCCGACCGCGAGACCAGCCCUUCGCGCGUCCCCCUCUCUGCGGCGGUCGCCUGUGGUGGCGUCCACCAUCACCUCGUCUCCCAGAAGAAGCGCGCCAAGGUUGCCCUCAUGGUCGAAACCGCCGAGGCGCGCGAGGUACAGCACUUGUGUCUCCUCCUCGGAUACGGCGCGGAUGCUAUCUGCCCGUGGCUCACGAUGGAGUGCAUCCACAAGGUGGUCCGCGAGGGACUGAUCAAGAACGAUAAGACGCUCGAGGACCUGAUGGACAACUACCGCCACUCGGUCGACGGGUCGUACAAGGGAGCGCAGAUCUUCGAGGCUCUCGGCCUGCACGAGGAGGUCAUCGAGAAGUGCUUCGUCGGCACUGCGAGCCGCGUGCAGGGUGCCACGUUCGACCUCCUCGCCAUGGACGCGUUCGAGAUGCACGAGCGGGGCUGGCCUUCGCGCGACACCGUCGUUCCACCGGGUCUGCCCGAGUCCGGCGAGUACCACUGGCGGUCCGGCGGCGAAGCGCACAUCAACGACCCAGCUGGUAUUGCGCACUUGCAGGAUGCGGUGCGGGAGAAGAAUCAGGGUGCGUACGAGGCCUACGCGGCCAACGCGAACGAGCAGACACGCGCGGUCCACCUUCGUGGCCUCCUCGACUUCAAGUACGAUCAAGCCACAGCAAUCCCGAUCGACCAGGUCGAACCGUGGAACGAGAUCGUCCGCCGGUUCGUCACGGGCGCUAUGUCAUAUGGCUCAAUCUCGAUGGAGGCGCAUUCGACACUCGCCGUCGCGAUGAACCGUCUCGGAGGCAAAUCGAACACGGGUGAGGGUGGUGAGGAUGCAGAGCGCUCGCAUAUGCUCCCCAAUGGUGACACAAUGCGUUCCGCGAUCAAGCAGGUCGCCUCUGGGCGAUUCGGCGUCACCUCCAACUACCUCGCAGACGCUGACGAGCUCCAGAUCAAGAUGGCACAAGGGGCCAAACCGGGGGAAGGAGGCGAACUGCCUGGACACAAGGUUUCGACGUCCAUCGCGCGCACGCGUCACUCCACUGCAGGUGUCGGUCUAAUCUCGCCCCCUCCUCACCACGACAUCUACUCCAUCGAGGAUCUCAAGCAGCUCAUCUACGACCUCAAGUGCUCGAAUCCCCGUGCGCGAAUCUCGGUCAAGCUCGUGUCUGAGGUCGGCGUCGGCAUCGUCGCGAGCGGCGUGGCGAAGGCGAAGGCGGACCACAUCCUCAUCUCGGGUCACGAUGGCGGUACGGGUGCUUCGCGCUGGACCGGCAUCAAGUACGCUGGUCUCCCGUGGGAGCUCGGUCUUGCGGAGACGCAUCAAACACUGGUUCUCAACGACCUUCGUGGUCGCGUCACUGUUCAGACGGACGGUCAGAUCAGGACUGGCCGCGACCUCGCCAUCGCGUGUUUGCUCGGUGCUGAGGAAUGGGGUUUUGCCACCACGCCGCUCAUCGCUAUGGGCUGCAUCAUGAUGAGGAAGUGUCACUUAUCCUCAGUGAACACGUGCCCGGUCGGUAUCGCCACGCAGGAUCCCCAGCUCCGCGCCAAGUUCGCUGGUCAGCCCGAGCAGGUCAUCAACUUCUUCUACUACAUCGCCGAGGACCUCCGUCGCCACAUGGCUCAGCUCGGCUUCCGCACGAUCAACGAGAUGGUCGGCCGCGCGGACAUGCUCAAGGUCGACGAGAAGCUCCGCACACCCAAGACCGCCCACCUCGACCUCAGCGCGAUCCUCAAGCCGGCCUGGCAGAUGCGUCCCGGUGCGGCGACGUACCGCGUGCGUCCCCAGGACCACAAGCUUUACGUUCGCCUCGACAACAAGUUCAUCGACGAGUCCGAGCCCGCGCUCACCCAGGGUCUGCCCGUGCACAUCGAGUGCGAUGUCACGAACACGGACCGCGCCCUCGGCACCUCACUCUCCUACAAGGUCUCCAAGCUGUAUGGCGAGGAAGGCCUGCCGCGUGACACGAUCCGGAUUCGCAUGCGUGGGUCCGCUGGGCAGUCGCUCGGCGCGUUCCUUGCUCCAGGCAUUACCGUUGAACUCGAGGGCGACGCGAACGACUACGUCGGCAAGGGUCUCUCUGGAGGCCGUCUCGUUGUCUACCCGCCCAAGGUGUCGACGUUCAAGGCCGAGGAGAACAUCAUCAUCGGCAACGUCUGCUUGUACGGCGCGACGUCCGGCGAGGCCUUCUUCCGCGGCAUCGCUGCAGAGCGGUUCGCGGUCCGGAACUCAGGCGCGAAGGCGGUCGUCGAGGGCACGGGCGACCACGGGUGCGAGUACAUGACCGGUGGUCGCGUCGUCGUCCUCGGCAGCACUGGGCGCAACUUCGCGGCGGGCAUGUCUGGAGGCAUCGCGUACGUCCUGGAUACCGCGCACACGUUCGCGUCGAAGGUCAACAUGGAGAUGGUGGGGCUCGGGAAGGUCACGGACCCGAAGGAGAUCGCGGAGCUGCGCGGGCUUAUCGAGGACCACCGGCACUUCACUGGAUCUGAGGUUGCGGACCGCGUCCUCAAGGACUUCCACCACCUCCUUCCGCUUUUCGUCCGCGUCAUGCCGAUCGACUACAAGCGUGUGCUCGAGGAAGAGGCGGCGCGGCUCAAGGAGGAGAAGCUGCGCCAGAGCGUCAUCGACCUUGUUCCUUUGCGCACCGUCAGUCAGGUGAACCUUGCGACCGACGGCCUCGAGGACGUUCUCACCAAGAAGGAGACCCCGGCCGAGGCGAUGCGGGUCCGUUCCCGCGGUCGCCACGAGCCUGCUGUGGGUGACGUGGAGGAUUCGCUCGUGGACGAACAGACGACCAAGUCGCGGCUCAGCAAGCUCGAUAAGACGCGCGGGUUCAUGAAGUACAAGCGGCUGACGGAGGCGUACCGCCCGCCACGCAAGCGGGUCAAGGACUGGAAGGAGAUCUCGAGCCGGUUGUCGGAGGACGAGCUCAAGUACCAGUCCGCGCGGUGCAUGGACUGCGGCGUGCCGUUCUGCCAGUCGGACUCGGGCUGCCCGAUCUCGAACGUGAUCCCGAAGUGGAACGACCUGGUGUUCAAGAACCAGUGGGAGGAGGCGCUCAACCGGUUGCUCAUGACCAACAACUUCCCCGAGUUCACGGGCAGGGUGUGCCCGCGCCGUGCGAGGGCGCGGUUCGAGAUGGGCUGGAUGACUCCCAAACCUCCGCAGUUCCGGACCGGGAAGAAGAUUGCCAUCAUUGGCUCCGGUCCUUCUGGUCUCGCGGCUGCUGACCAGCUCAACAAGGCUGGCCACUGGGUCACCGUGUACGAGCGCAACGACCGGAUGGGUGGCCUCCUCAUGUACGGCAUUCCCAACAUGAAGCUCGACAAGAGUGUCGUCCAGCGCCGCCUCGACCUCAUGGCGGCGGAAGGAGUGACGUUCGUUCCUAGCACGUGCGUUGGAAAGGACAUCGACGCGAACGAACUCCGCGAGCAGAACGACGCCGUCAUCUUCGCCACGGGCGCGACCUGGCCGCGUGACCUCAAGAUCCCCAACCGCGGGGUCGACGGAAUCCACUUUGCGAUGGAGUUCCUCCAGCUGAACACCAAGUCCCUCCUCGAUUCCGAGCUCCAAAACUCGUCCUACAUCAACGCCAAAGGAAAGGACGUCAUCGUCAUCGGCGGCGGCGACACUGGCAACGACUGCAUCGGCACGGCGAUGCGCCACGGUGCGAAGUCCGUCACGAACUUCGAGCUCCUCCCACGCCCGCCUGUGGCGCGCGGCUCGGACAACCCCUGGCCGCAGUGGCCGCGCAUCUUCCGCACCGACUACGGGCACACCGAGGUCGCCGCGCACUUCGGCAGCGACCCGCGCGAGUAUUGCAUCUCGACUAAGGACUUCGUCGUCGACGAGCAGGGCAAGCUUUCCGGUCUGAACACGGUCCGCGUCGAGUGGACGAAGGACAGCAGCGGUCGAUGGAAGAUGGAGGAGGUGCCCGGGUCGGCCAAGUUCUUCCCUGCGCAGCUCGUCUUCCUCGCGCUCGGCUUUCUUGGUCCUGAGGCAGAUCUCCUUAAGUCUGUCGGCCUCCAGCAGGACGCGCGCAGCAACAUCCAGACGCCCAAGAAUAAAUACUCGACGAACGUUGAGGGCGUCUUCGCGGCCGUCACUUAUGUCUGGGGCAUCCAGGAGGGCCGUCGCUGUGCUGCCGAGGUCGAUGCCUGGCUCAUGAACGGCUCCACGCGCUUGCCAUUCGACGGCGCCAUCAAGAAGAGGACCUUCAUUCCUCCCGUCAGCAACUUGAUCUCUGACGGGCCCGCCCAGGCGGUCGAGGUCGUCGCAUAA